AUGGGAGUUUUUACCUUCGUCCUCAACAAAACUGGCGCUGAAUGGAGCGCAAAGCAACACUCUGGUGACAUCGAGGCCUCCGCCGCCUCUACCUUCGAGAUCCAACGCCAGCUUGUUAAGGCUGCUCUCGCAGUUGAUUCAUCUGGCGGCGUUCGCUCCUCUUACUCUCCGGUUUCUCCCUCAUCUGCCGUCUUCCAGGUGAUAGUUGGUGGUGCUGUAAUUGUUGGAGGUGGUGCUGCUGCAGCUGCUCCCGCAGGAGGUGCUGCCCCAGCUGCCGCUGCUGCUCCGGCAGCCUCAAAGAAAGAAGAGAAGGUAGAGGAAGAGGAGGAAGAUGACGAUAUGGGUUUCUCCCUAUUUGAUUAG